UGAAACUCACAGACUCAUUCUCACUGAGAGGAGAAAUGGCGCAGACAGGAGUUCAGACGGACCGAGAAAGAUUCUCUUGUUCCAUCUGUUUGGAUCUAUUGAAGGAUCCAGUGACUACAACUUGUGGACACAGCUACUGUAUGAACUGUAUUACAGACUUCUGGGAUGGAGAGGAAAAGAAAGGAACCUAUAGCUGCCCUCAAUGUAGAGAGACCUUCAGACAGAGGCCUGUCUUGAAGAAAAAUACCCUGUUAGCAGAGUUAAUGGAGGACCUGAAGAAAAGCAGAGCCAGAGCUGCUCCAGCUGACCACUGCUAUGCUGGGCCUGGAGAUGUGGCCUGUGAUGUCUGCACUGGGAGGAAGAUGAAAGCUACAAAGUCCUGUCUGGUUUGUCUGGUUUCUUACUGUCAGAAUCAUCUCCAACCUCACUAUGAGUCUUCUGCUUUUAAAAAACAUAAACUGGUUGAAGCUUCUGCUAAACUUCAGCAGAACAUCUGCUCUCGUCAUGAUGAGGUGAUGAAGAUCUUCUGUCGUACUGAUCAGCAGUGUAUCUGUUAUCUCUGCACUAUGGAUGAACAUAAAGGCCAUGAAACAGUCCCAGCUGCAGCAGAAAGAGAUGAGAAGCAGAAGAAGCUCCAGGAGAGUCGACAACAAAUCCAGCAGAGAAUCCAGGACAGAGAGAAAGAUGAAGCUGCUUCA